AUGGCGUCGGCCAAGUCGUCGCGGUCGCGGCCCGCGGGCCACUCGGGGGUGUUCCCCGUGGGCAGCGCCGCCGCGGUGGGGAGCGGGGGCGGCGGCGGCGGCGACGGCGGGGUGCAGCUCGCCGACAAGCUCAAGAUCUUCAAGACCGACAACUUCGAUCCCGACGCCUACGUGCAGUCCAAGUGCCAGACCAUGAACGAGAAGGCGAAUUGCGCAACAGGGGGUGAUUCUGUUCUCUGGACGAUUGGUGAUUCAGGGAAUGCACUUCGACAUUUUGCAGGAGGGUGCUUGAUGGACAUCUCAAUAACAUCUAAGGAGAUAUCAGACCUUGAAGGGGAGCUACUGUCAAUUAGAAAUCUGCUUAAUACACAGGCAGCUUUAAUUCACGGUCUAUCUGAAGGAGUUCAGAUAGAUUCAUUGACUUCAGGCCCUGAAGGUUCUGCAGAAGAUGACAUAUCCAAUGUUGAAGAUCAGGAGCCUUCAGAAAUACAGAAAUGGUCUGCAGAUUUCCCUGACAUGCUUGAUGUUUUGCUAGCUGAACGAAGAGUGGAUGAAGCACUGGAUGCACUGGAUGAAGCAGAACGGGUUGCUGUUGAUGCAAAACGAAAACAGACUCUAACUGCAGCUGAAGUUUCGGCUUUGAAAAGAUCCGUCUCUGAUAAUCGUCAGAGGCUGGCAGAUCAGCUUGCUGAAGCUGCUUGUCAGUCUUCCACUCGUGGUAUUGAGCUUCGAGCUGCGGCUUCUGCCCUCAAAAGACUUGGUGAUGGCCCCCGAGCUCACAGCCUCUUACUCAGUGCACAUAAUCAAAGGCUUCAAUGCAAUAUGCAAACUAUACAUCCAUCUAGCACGUCAUAUGGUGGAGCAUACACUGCAGCACUUGCUCAACAAGUUUUUUCAGUCAUAGCUCAGGCACUCAGUGACUCUGUGGAUGUCUUUGGUGACGAGUCAUGUUACGCAUCUGAACUGGUAACAUGGGCUACCAAGCAGGUUAUGUCCUUUGCGCUCCUGGUAAAGAGGCAUGUGUUGUCCUCUUGUGCAGCUGCUGGAGGCUUGAGCGCAGCUGCAGAAUGUGUUCAGAUAUCACUUGGCCAUUGUUCUUUGCUGGAAGCUCGUGGUCUGUCUGUUUCAUCUGUUCUCCUCAAACAAUUCAAGCCCAGUCUUGAGCAAGCAUUAGAUGCUAACUUGAGGAGAAUCGAGGAGAGUACUGCUGCACUAGCCGCAGCUGAUAACUGGAUACUCACAUAUCCCACAACUGGUAUUCGUCCAUUAAUUAGAUCGUCUGCUGCUAAUUUGGCACUUCAGCCAAAGCUCUCUAGCAGCGCACACCGUUUCAAUUCAAUGGUUCAGGAUUUCUUUGAGGACGUUGCACCACUACUUAGCUUGCAAUUAGGUGGUUCAACAAUGGACGGGAUCACACAAAUUUUCAAUUCAUAUGUAAAUUUGCUUAUAAGUGCUUUACCUGGUUCCAUGGAUGAUGAAGCUAACUUAGAUGGUUUAGGUCAUAAGAUUGUUAGAAUGGCAGAGACUGAAGAGCAGCAGUUAGCUUUAUUAGCUAAUGCAUCUCUACUAGCUGAGGAGUUACUACCUAGAGCAGCUAUGAAGUUAUCGUCAAUAAACCAGUCUAUGGAUGAUUUGCGUAAAAGAGGAACAGAUAAACAAAAUCGUGUGCCUGAGCAACGUGAAUGGAAAAGAAAACUACAAAGAAUGGUGGACAGGUUGAGAGAUAGUUUUUGCAGGCAGCAUGCUCUUGAACUUAUAUUUACAGAUGAGGGUGAUACUCAUCUCAGCGCAGAAAUGUAUAUCAGCAUGGACAAUACUGUUGAAGAACCAGAGUGGGUUCCAUCUCCAAUUUUCCAGGAACUGUAUGCAAAGUUAAACAGGAUGGCAAGCGUUGCUGCAGAAAUGUUUGUUGGUAGAGAAAGAUUUGCUACUUUGCUAAUGAUGCGCCUCACUGAGACAGUCAUACUGUGGCUCUCAGAGGACCAGGCCUUCUGGGAAGAGAUUGAACAGGGAGCAAAACCUUUAGGCCCCCUAGGUCUGCAACAGUUCUACCUGGACAUGCAAUUUGUCAUCAUAUUUGGGCAAGGUCGUUUUCUCUCUAGACAUGUACAUCAAAUCAUUUUGGACAUCAUUGAUAGAGCAAUGGCUGCAUUUUCUGCUACUGGAAUGAAUCCUGAUAGUGUCCUUCCGGGCGACGAUUGGUUCAUGGAUGUCUCCCAAGAAGUUGUCAGCAUGAUCAGUGGAAGGGGUAGAGCUGCCAAUGGUGACAGGGAAGUGAACAGCCCAACGGCCUCAGUUUCAGCGCACUCCAUGUCAUCGUUCAAAUCCCACGGCAGCUCCUAG